CCGCGUCUUCAUCAUUCAAUGCUUCCUGACUUGUCAAAUAAGGGACACGAUGGAAUUUGUAGAAAAUCCAACAAGGAAAGCUGACUCUGAAUGCUCAGACCAGGACGCGGAUGACAAUUCAUCCUUGGACAUUAUAAACGAUUCCCCGGGAAGGUCGUCCGCCGCUGACGAAGAAAUUUAUUCGAGUAACGGUAUUGUGGGUGAUAACAAAUUUUCGAUCGAUAGCAUUUUGGGUAUAAGGGACAGUCAGAGUGAUGAUUGUACAAAAAGACGGUCAGAAUGUGGAAGUGCUAACAAUGAAGUGAACGAACAGAAAGGGAAAUUUGUGAAACCUUCGGCGUUUUCAGCAACCCUUAAGUCAGGCUCUUUGUAUCACACUAUACUGGACCUGCCUCAUCUCGCUAGCUCAAAUUAUGCGUCUUCAGAGGCAACAAUUUUAAGGAACUUUGGGGAUGCCUUAUCAGCUAAUAUAGUGGCUUCGUCUGCGGAUGUCUUUAGGGGACAAAUUCCUCAGGAAAUGCCCUUUGGAAGCACUCCUAACACGGUGUUUUAUGGAAAUUGGCUCGGAAAUAUUCAUGACCAUAAGGCUUCUAGUCAUUUGUUUGGAGUUCAAACUCCAAAGUCAUCGAACAGAAGAUCGAGAAAGCCCGGUUUGGACCGGAAACCUCGUCAAGCUUACAGUGCAAAACAGUUAGAAAGACUCGAAAGUGAGUUUAAAGUGGAUAAAUAUUUGAGCGUGAGCAAACGGAUGGAACUUUCGAAAGCUCUCAAUCUGACCGAAGUCCAGAUCAAGACGUGGUUUCAAAAUCGAAGAACGAAAUGGAAGAAACAGUUAACAACACGACUAAAAAUGGCUCAGAGACAAGGUCUUUUUGCUCCGCACUAUUUUUCUCCCGCUGCCCAACACUAUUCUGCCCUUUUGUCGCCGUACUAUCCUCCCAUGGGUUGUCUUCUGGGUGUUCCCACUCUUGAAGAAUCCACGGUACAACUCGCUUCCGAAAAUUCUACUCAAAGUCUGUCCUCGGCAACGCACGCUUCAGAAUAACAUUUGUUCAUGAAGUAUUAAAAUACA